AUGGGCUCCUCGCCAUCACGCAAAGCGAAAUCGGACAAUGUUACCGAACUUAAUCCGCAGGAACCAGAGAAAUGGGCCGAGAAUGUGACAGGCAAUGAGAAAAACACCGAAUUGCCAAAAAAGAAGAAAGAGGGCACCGGCAAACGUAACGCGAAAGUUUCACCGCAAGACCAAUCCAAAAUUGGAAAAGAUGGAAAAAUUCGACUUAGCGAGGGAGUUGUUCAAGACUAUAUAAAUCUCGAAAAGUCCAUAAAUCGCCUGGAGCGGAAGAAUGUGUUGAAGAAAUUCGAAUCACAAACGAUUUAUGCGGACAACCUUAAGAAUACGGUCGAACAGCUUGAAGCAGUACUCAAAGAAUUGAAAAAACAAACGGAUCGUGAAAAAACCGAUUUGAAAAACAUUGAACAGCCGUCCGUAAAAGAUUUUCUGAAGCAACAAGGUCAAUGGAACGAAAGACAUAGCAAGGAAAAAAAGGAAUACGAGGAGGCCUUGGCCCGACAGGAAACCGUCCAAAAGGAGUUGAACAUCGCCAGAGUCAAUUAUGACAAUGCGGUGAAAAUUCAAGAGAUUUAUAAGCAACAAACUGAUAAUCUAAAUGGGCUAUAUGAAGAGCAGGACAAAAUGCUCGAAGGCAUUUUCGGAUCGGAGUAUGCAUCGGAAAAGGAAAAUGUGUUGGAAGGAGAGGUUGAUGAUAUGGUCGAUUGGCAACAGCGUGUUUCGCUGGCAAUGUUCAAAUGGGCAAAUGGACGUGUGUUGCUUGUUCACGCACUAACCCAGCUCACGUUCGGCAUCAAUCGGUGGCAAGACAUUCAAGACAUCGAGAAAGAUAAUCAAAGAGCGAGAUAUUUUGCGGCCGCCGAGGCUCGUAAUAAUUUUGUGGCAGCCGCACAGAAUGUACAAUCAUGUAGAAUGUAUUUGAAUAAGGUCGACUUCCCGUAUGGAACGGAAAAAGAAAUAGCUGUUCUUGAAGACACUGUUACGCAUGCUUUUCGAAAAGUUGAUGAUGAUUCAGAGUGCAAAAAAGCUUUAAAAGUGUACAAAGACACACAGCAGAAAAUUGCUUCUCUUAUUCAAUGGUUCGACAAAGUCAUUAAUGAUACAAUCCGAAAGGAUCUCGAUCAGGCGAACAAUGAACUCAUCAAGAAGCAAAAGGCCCUUCGUGAAGAGAGAUUGACACUCAUGAAGAAAAUUGCGAAACAAGAGCUCAACUUGGAUAUGAAAAUUGACUACGAUGAUAUUGAUGACGACGAACUUGAGAAAGAACUCAAAGAGCUGGAAAAGCAGGCUUUGGCCGAUGUCGAGAAGCUGAAGCAGAGUGGUGUUGAAGGAAUUCUUGAAAUGGGCCAGCAAGAUGGAGCAAUUGUGGCGCCACUAAGCAAAUUGGCGCCAUUGCCAUCGAAAGACGCGCUAUUUGGAGACGUGAAGCAGAAGUUGGAUGAGUAUGAUGAGACGAGGAAACAGUUUGAACGUCGCAAUAUUCUACAACGAGAGAAACAAGCAAUGGCGUUGCAGGAAAAACUGAAACUCCGUCAGCAAAAAGGCCGUCGAAAUCGGGCGGAACGUCAUGAAUCGGUAAUCGAUGUUGCGAAAACUAGUGGAUUGAAGAAAGGAGGAAAAGAGUAA